AAAAUUUAGUAAGCCGCAGCGGUGGUGCUGCCCUUAUCUCCGCACCAAACGAGAAUGUAGUAGUAGAAGCAUUUUUAGGAAAAGAAAAUAAAUUCUGGACAAUGCCACUCCGAAGAAAAAAAAUAAAAGGGAUGCCUUAACAACCAAAACCCUAGGAUUUCAACGGCGGCCGGAAAAUAAUUUCUUCUUCUCUUAAUCGAUUCCUCUCACUCUCUCGGGGUCGUGUAGGACUCCCAUCUCCUUCACGCCAAUUGGAAUGGCGGGCACUUCUUCAAUUCGCAUUGGUCAACUUACCAUUGAUCUUCCAAUUGGUGCAGCUGAAGGAACAACCAUAGAAGCUGAUGAAUUCUUAUCAGUAACCGAAUCUUUGAAGCAACAAUUUGCUUCUAAACGUGCUGAUUAUGUAAAGAAAAGGACAGAAGAGAAUGCACAAAAGGCGUAUGAUUUGGGGGAAUUGUUUUUGAAGUUGUCAACAGAGAGAAAAAAUCAUACAGUUCAUGGUGCAGAUAGUAGCAUUGAUCUUCUGUCUAAGAGACAGCAGGAUGUAAUUAAUAUGCAAACUGGGAUUGGUUCUAGCAAUGGAGAUAAUGAUAGCAAUAGUUCUGAAGAUGAUGGAUAUGCCUCUUCUGAAAUUCGUCUAGGAUCUAGCAUUGCCAUCAAAAGUGCUGUAUGUCCCAUUAUACUUCCUCAAGUGGAAAGACUGCCUCAAUAUACUACAUGGGUAUUUUUGGAUAGAAAUCAGCAGAUGCCCAUGAAUCAAUCAGUGGUUGGUUGUAGAAGAAUUUAUUAUGACAAGAAUAGUGGAGAAGCUCUAAUUUGCAGUGAUAGCGAGGAAGAAUUACUUGAAGGCGAACAAGAAAAGAAGUUUGCGGAGUACGAAGAUGUUAUGCUGUGUUCAACUAUCCAACAAAUUGGCCUGUCUGAUACAGUGUUAGAAUUGCUAGGGCAGUUCUUGUCUAGAAAACCCAGUGAAGUCAAGGAAAGAUAUGAAGAUCUUGUUAAGGACAAAUAUGAAUGUGCCUCAAAGAACGAGAACAUCCAAGGGACUCCAGAUUUGUUUCUUGACAACGAUCUUGAUGCUGCUCUUGAUUCUUUUGACACCCUAUUUUGUCGUCGAUGUCUUGUUUUUGAUUGUCAAUCACAUGGAUGUUCGCAGGAUCUGAUUUUUCCGGCUGAAAAACAAUUGCCAUGGUGCUCUCCCGACGUGGAUAAGGAGCCCUGUUGUUCAAAUUGCUAUCGCCUGAAGGAACACAAAGCUGGAUUGACCCCCUCUCAGAUUGCUAAUCAUGGAGAAAACCAUGUCCAACCAUCUGAAAUUGCUAAUAAUACUGAGGUGCCUGGUAGGGAGCAUCUAUCAAGGACAUCAAAUUCUUGCGAAAGCGAUUUCAAAGAUAUUGGUUCAUGUUCGCUAGAAUCACAACAACCUCAGUGUGGUAGAACUUCUAGGAGGGAAGUCUCUCCAGUAUUGGGCAGUAAAAAUUAUUUCCAAGGUGAGGGUUUUGGUUGCCAGUAUAAAGAGGCUGCCUGUGCAAAAAAUGGGAUGAAUUAUGACGACACAUUGAGGGAGAAUGAGUUUGGGGAUGAGAAUAACUGCAAUCAAGAAAUAGAUGGUGAGAAAUCAUGGAGACCACUUGAAAAGGCUCUAUUUGAAAAAGGUCUGGAAAUGUUUGGCCGCAGCAGCUGUAUGAUUGCUCGAAAUCUGCUGAAUGGUUUAAAAACUUGUUGGGAGGUGUUCCAGUAUAUGAACAAUUUCGAGAAUAAGCUAUCACUAGUAAGUGAUGGGAUGAAUGGAAUAUUUCAAGGCUCUUUUAAGGGUGAUGGCCAUACAAUCGUGGGUAAUCAACCACAGAGAAAAUCUAGAUUCUUACAUAGAAGAGGUAGAGUUCGUCGCUUAAAAUACACAGGGAAAUCAGCUGGAUAUAAUGCACUUAGGAAAAGAAUAUCUGAGAGGAAAGACAAGCUUCGCCGUCACUAUAAUCCAUGUAAUUGUCAAGUACCUUGUGGAAAAGAGUGUCCUUGUAUCGUUAAUGGGACCCUCUGUGAAAAAUAUUGCGGAUGCAAAAGUUUCAAGAAUUGCAAGAAUCACUUUCGUGGUUGUUUUUGCGUAAAAGGUCAGUGUAGAAGCAGACAAUGCCCUUGCUUUGCUGUUGACAGGGAAUGCGAUCCUGAUGUUUGCCGAAAUUGUUGGAUCAGCUGUGGUGAUGGGACUCUCGAUAUUCCUCCACAAAGAAGUGACAGUAAUGACUGCGAGAACAUGAAGCUUCUUCUCAAACAACGUCAAAGGGUUCUUCUUGGACGGUCUGAUGUGUCUGGAUGGGGUGCUUUCUUGAAGAAUAGUGUUGGAAAGCACGAGUACCUUGGGGAGUAUACCGGUGAAAUAAUCUCACACCAUGAAGCUGAUAGGCGUGGAAAGAUUUAUGAUCUUAUAAAUUCUUCAUUUCUCUUCAAUUUGGAUGACCAGUGUGUGCUUGAUGCUUAUCGGAAAGGUGACAAGUUGAAGUUCGCAAACCAUUCUCCUGAUCCAAAUUGCUACCCCAAGGUUAUUAUGGCGGGUGGAGAUCACAAAGUUGGUAUAUUUGCCAAACAAAGAAUUUGUGCAGGAGAGGAACUCUUCUAUGAUUAUUGUUAUGCGCCAGAUACACCACAUGUCUGGGCAAGGAAGCCCGAGGCACCCACUACAAGAAAGUUCUUCUUGGAAGAUCUGAUGUGUCUGGCUGGGGUGAUUUCUUGUAGAAUGGUGAUGGAAAGCAUGAGAACCUUGGGGAGCAUACUGGUGAAAUAAUGUCACACCAUGAAGCUGAUAAGCCUGGAAUAAUUUAUGGAUCAUGAAAGUCCUUCAUUUCUCUUCAAUUUAAAGUAUCAGUUUGUACAAUGAUGCUUAUUGGUGGAAGAGUGAGAAGUUGAAGAUCGCAAACCAGUCCCCUGAUCCAAGUUGCUGAAAUUUUUGUAGGCAUUCCCUGGAUUGGUUUGUCUAUGUUAGAUCCAAUAACACUCCUCUUUGACAGGUUACUAUGGCGGCUGAUGUCGUAGAGUUGGUAUAUUUGCCAAAGAAAGAAUUUGUGCAGGAGAGGAACUCCUCUAUAAUUAUCAUUAUCAGCCAGAUGCAAUGACUGCCUGGGAUAGAUGAGGAGCUCUUCUAUGAUUAUCAUUAUCAUCUGUUUCUAAGAAAGAGUUUACUGUUACUUCAAGGGCCUUGCUUUUUUAUUGGCUCAUUCCUUUUUCCAACAUCGACCACCUGAUUGAUCACGUGAUCCAUUCUUUUUAGGGACUUUUAUUGUUGUUGUGAGAUAACCACAUGAAUGGACAGGACAAGACAAUGACUCUAAUCCAUAUCUUACAUGAUGAUGCGAGGAAGUAUGUAUUUAAUGGUUCUUCCCUUAAUGGUCCACGUUGGAGGGAAGUUAUAGAUGAGUUUUGGAUGAAUUCUGGCAAGUAAGAAACUUAUGACAAACACCAAAUUAAGUUCAAGUGCAAUAGAUCAAGGAUAGAAGCAAAAAAAAUAAAAAAAUUGAGGACAUCCUUCAAGGUUGCUAUGGAUAUGGUUGGGAUCCUGUAAUAACUGAGGUACUUGUCCAUCUGAGAUUUGGGUGGAUCAUGUGUUUGUAAGUUAUCUAGAGGUGUGAAAGUAUGUAUGUUCUAUUAUUGAGCUAACAUUUUGUUUUCAAUAUUUUACGGAAAAAGAGAAAAAAACAUAAACAUUACCAUGUAGGGGCAUGAGGGGAUUCAACAAUGACAUUUUGAAAAUCAUUCGCCACUGCUUGUUUUCACAGCCCAAUCAAAUGAAGCAACUGGAGUUGGUAAAGAACCUGUAUCUUGUGAUGACUACUCUGAUGGUAUUUGGCAUACGCAUGUCGUAAGUAGUGGUACUGGGACAGGGAAGUGGACAAUGACUGAUCAAUCUAUGGCAAUUGAUGAUGGCUCAUCUACAUGUCGAAAAAAGGUCAUGCUACAGCUAUUGACAGCAUACAUGAAUCUUUUAGGGAACAUUUGAAGUGGAAGAAAGACAAGGUUGCUUAUGUGUCCAUGGAAAAUUUUUAGCCUAUCCAGUAGUGGCACCGAGUAAGACACGACAUUGAGGAUGUCGUAGUGGCACCGAGUAAGACACGACAUUGAGGAUUACAUCGUACACGUUGUAGUGUCUGAUCAAUGUGAAUAGAUUGCCAAGAACGUAUGUCGUUAUCUUGCACACAGCAACAUACAUCCAGGAUUGGUAUGGCUUGGGUUGUUAUCUUCUUUGGGGAUGAUAUCACGCGUAUAUAUGAACCUACAGGUUUCUAACUUGAAACAUUUCAUCGGCGGAUAAUAGCUGCUUUUGUCUUACACUAUAGUUUCAGAUGCAUGUUCCACAUGAUAAACCAAAACAACUCAUCGCUGUUGAUGAGACAUACAUAAAGGGGAGCUCCAAAGAAAGAAGUAGCAGGCGCGUCUUAACCACCACAAAGGAUUAUAACUCGUGCAUGUGAUUUUAACAUGCGGUUUAUGUUUAUUGCAGCUGGUUGGGAAGGUAUGAAUCCUAAUGUUUUUCAAUCACAUUGCACAAAAAUGAAUGCCUAUAAUUAUACCAUAGGCAUUCAUUUUUGUGCAAUAUGAUUGAAAAACAUAUGGGUCAUGGACAAGUAAUUUAGAAAAUUACAAUAAGGCAUGAACAGUCAUGAUGUAGACACACAAAUAAGAUUGUAAUUGCUCCUUUUGUUACAUAAUUUAUUGGCGGGAACAUAAAAGCAGUGGUGAAAAAUUUUCAGAGUAUGAACGUGAUAUAGUUGUUGUCUUUGUUAA